UAUUAAUAUAAAUCAAUAUCAGUUUCAAAUGACAGAUGAAAAUUUAGAAUAGAUUAUUGAUAUGCCAGAACAAUCAGACAUGAUCAAUGAUGCAAGAACCCAAGUAUUUAAUACAUUUAAUCAUAAAAGGCUAGGUAUGCAGUCGAACAUUUUAAAGUUGAAUCAUAAAUCUCUAAUUAUAUCAAGAAGUUUUUCGAUGAAAAAUAUGGUCCAAAUUGGCAUUGUGUUGUUGGUAUUCAUAUCAAUUAAAUUAUAAAGGAAAACAUUUCAAUUCUUACACAUCUUACGAAAGCAAACGUUAUAUGUUUUUCUAUGAGGGCUAAAUGGCAAUAUUACUUUAUAAAAUGGGUUGAUCUAUAAAAUAUUAAUUAUCAA